UUGCUGAAUCGCCUUCCCCAUCUAUCUCUCUCUCUCCUCCUCCUCCUCUCUUUCUCUCUCUCUCACCAACAAAAUCAAACCCUUCUUUUUCACUGUCUUCCUCUGCGCGCACGCCUUCCCUCUCAUCUCUGUCUCUGGCCUGCCCUUUUUCGUCUUUUCGGUCAAUCUGCAUCAGACGGCCUCUAUCCCUCCACGUCUGCUUCGUCUUCUUCAUCCCCUGCUGCCUGCUCUAUGCAUAUAAAACCGCUUCGUCCCCCUACCUUUCCUUUCUCUUCUAGGGUUUCGCAGAUUCGCCAACGCACAACCACCCAUCUUCUUUUCUCUUCUUCUUCUUCUCUGUUUGCGUGCACCAUGAUUCCUCACACCGCUGUCGUCUUUCUUCGCUCCUCUCUUGCUUCGAAGGUCUGGGCUUUCUUCGUGGAUUUCUACGGCAAGCCUCUUCAUCUCGAGAAUUAGGGAUUUGGUUUGGAGUUGUUCGAUAGAGUUCAAAAGUUUUUGAAAAUUUUAAUUUGCGAAGGCCAGGCUUUGGGUUAUUGCUGGGGUGAUUGGCGCGUUUUGGUGGUUAUGUCUCAUGGCGAUUGAGAAGAAUAACUUUAAGGUUUCAAGGUUUGAUUCGGAAUUUUCUCCGGGUAGCAGGGAGAGUAUGUCGAGUGAUGAGGAUGAGCUUCAGCGGCGAAGUUCAGCUGUUGAAUCAGAUGAUGAUGAUGAGUUUGAUGAUGCGGACUCGGGGGCAGGCUCCGACGACUUUGAUUUGUUAGAAUUGGGGGAAACUGGGGCAGAGUUUUGUCAAGUCGGAAAUCAGAGUUGUAGUGUUCCUUUUGAGUUGUAUGAUCUUCCAGAUUUGCAAGAUAUACUGUCCCUGGAUGUGUGGAAUGACUGCUUGACUGAGGAGGAGCGAUUUAGCCUUGCCCAGUACCUCCCAGACAUGGACCAACACUCCUUUAUGCAUACUUUGAAGGAGCUUUUUUCAGGCUGCAAUUUUCACUUUGGGAGCCCCAUCACAAAGUUGUUCGAGAUGUUAAAGGGAGGUUUCUGUGAACCUAGAGUUGCUCUCUAUCGGCAGGCUCUGAAUUAUUUCCAGAGGCGCCAACACAACCACCUUCUAAGGAAGCAUCAGAACAGCAUGGUUGGUAACCUUUGUCAGAUAAGGGAUGCUUGGCAAAAUUGUAAGGGAUAUAGUAUUGAAGAGAGGCUUCGUGUUCUGAAUAUAGUGAGAAGUCAGAAGAGUUUGAUGUAUGAGAAAAUGGAAGAUUUGGGGAUGGAGAGCGGCUCCUCAGAAAGAGAAGAAUCCGGUGAUGUUUUAUGGAGCAAAAGGCUGAAGGACAAGAAACUUGCACAGAAAUUCGGUCGGAAUUCUGUUUAUAAGGUGAGUCCAACCUUAGAUUUUCCCUCACGAGGGAAGUCAGUAAGCUUGGAACCUGAAAAAUAUGGAAAGCAGAAUCCAAAAGGAUUAUUGAAGCUGGCUGGAUCAAAGGCUCCUUCAAUGAAAGAAUUACCAGGUCGCUUUCCUUCUGGUCACCACAGUUUGGAGAUGAAGCCUGGGCCAUAUAGUUCCACACUGCCUGUUCCUCGCCAGAAUAAGGCAGCUGGGUAUGAUUCUGGUACAGCAUUCCGAAUGAGGGAUCAGAUGAGAAGUUAUGAUGAUGUAGAAGGAACAAUGUAUGAAGUCCCUGUCCACAAUGUUUCACGUGGUAAUGCUUCAGACAAAGCAGGGGUUUUGAAAUUGGGAAAGCGUGAACAUUCAAGGGGUGAGGAUUUAACCAGCAACAGUUCUGUGGGUUUGCCUUCGACUAUGAAUGAUGUUUUAGCAUUGGCUGAUAGGAAGAGGAAUGCAAGUUCAAUGCCAGAGAAGAAGACGUUGACCGGAAAGUUGUCUAGUUCUCGUAGUUCAUAUGAUUAUGCCAAAAAGGUUAAGUUUCCUGAGACUCUUCAGCAAUCUGUUGAAGAUCAGAUGGUAUCUGCAAGAGGCCGACAUUCAUUGCUAAAAGGAAGUAGGGUUGACUUAUCAGACGGAGCUGAGCCAUUUUGGCAUGGCAAAACACAGGGAGAAGCCUUCUCAUCAGAUCAAUCAUUUAAAUAUGAUGAUUGGAAUGCUAAAACCAAGAAAUGGAAAACUGGGAGGGAGUCUCCUGAUCUAAAAUUGAAAUCUUAUAGAACUUCCUCACCACAGAUUAAUGAUAGAUUCUUCCAUUCUGAACCAAAAUUGUCGCAGGAGAAUCUCAGGGGAAAUUCUACACAGAACAGAGGAGUGGAUGUAACAGUUCCAAAAGGUAUUAAAAUGUCUGCUAAAAAUGAGGAAACUGAAUCGGACUCCUCGGAACCGGGUUAUGAAGAGGAAGAUGAUAAUCCUUUGAUGAGGAGCAAGUUGGGUCCCCCCAGCAGUUUCUCUGAAGGUCGACGAUCCUCUUCUGCAAAGUCUGGUUUAGAUGCUAAAAAGGCUAAGUCCGGUAAUAAAGAUAAAAGGGAGAGUGCCCGGGCUCUUGAUGGAGUUAUGCCCUCAAGAAGGAUGGAUGAUCUUGGUGACCAGAUGCAUUUACCAGAAACCGAAAAAUAUUCUUCAAAAGCAAAACAGAAGGGUAAGAUGCGUGAUGGUAGUCACUUCCAUAAGUCAGCCUCUAGAGUAAUGGAAGAAAGCUAUUUUUCUGGCUCAGGAAAAUUAAAUGAUAAUGGUGAGAGGAAAAAAACAUACAAAUUGGGAAAGAAUGGUCAACUUCACGGGGAUGCUGGAGAAAGGCUACAAAUGCCGAUGCCGGUCUACCCUACAGAUAGAAGGCAGAGAGGGGAAGUCAGCCAUGAGCAUUCUGUGCGCAGGUCGAAUUAUUUGCGUGAUUACAUUGUGGAUGAGGAGGAUGAUUCACUUUCACUUGAAACACGUCUAUUGGCUGAUGAUAAUGGAGUUUCAGGUAGAUUAGGCAAGAAAGGCCAAAACAUUGAAGCUUAUGUGAAUGACCGUCACGAUAAAUCUGAUGUCCCACUGCUAGGCUGCAACACAGUGAAGAAGAAGCGGAAAGUGAAAGAAGUUUCAUACAAGGACAGAGGAGAUGAAUAUGGCAGCCUGCAAUCUAAUAGCCAUCUGGAAGUUGAUGAAUCCUCUUCUUUGGCAAAACGGGGAAAAUGGAAAUUGGAAGCUGGCACUGAUUCCAUAGAUAUGGAAGCUUCUGAGCCACAUGUCACAGAAGCAGGAGCAACAGAUGGGGAGCUGGAAAUAAAACCACAGAAAAAGCCGUUUACUUUGAUUACACCUACAGUUCAUACUGGCUUUUCAUUCUCUAUUAUUCAUCUUCUUUCAGCAGUUCGGAUGGCAAUGAUUACUCCUCAUCCAGAAGAUUCCUUAGAUGUUGGUAAACAUAUCGAGAAGAAUGAUGGAGUUCAUAAGCUUAGAGACGAGUUGAAUAAGAAGCAUGAAGGCAUCAAUGGUGCUUAUUCUAAUGAAGGCAUGGAUGUUACUGAGUUGGAGCAUUGCGGACAAAUGAAUGUGCCUUCUCUCACAGUUCUAGAGAUUGUCAAUCGUGUCAGGUCAAACCCUGGAGAUCCAUGUAUUCUUGAGACACAAGAGCCUCUUCAGGAUUUGGUCAGAGGGGUUCUGAAGAUAUUUUCAUCCAAAACAGCGCCUCUAGGGGCAAAGGGUUGGAAGGCACUUGUAUUUUAUGAAAAAAGUACAAAAAGUUGGGCCUGGAUUGGUCCAGUUUCUCAUAGCACAUCGGAUCAUGAAACUAUUGAGGAGGUGACAUCUCCUGAAGCUUGGGGCCUUCCUCAUAAAAUGCUUGUGAAGUUGGUUGAUGCAUUUGCUAAUUGGCUGAAAAGUGGCCAAGAGACCCUCCAACAAAUUGGAAGUCUCCCUGCACCACCUGCCACAUUGAUGCAAUUCAACCUGGAUGAAAAAGAAAGGUUUAGGGACCUGAGAGCUCAGAAGAGUCUCACCACCAUAAGUCCAAGUUCUGAAGAAGUGAGAGCUUAUUUUCGUAAAGAGGAACUCCUUAGAUAUUCUGUUCCAGACAGGGCCUUUGCUUACACAGCUGCUGAUGGUAGAAAAUCUAUAGUUGCUCCCUUGAGAAGGUGUGGUGGUAAGCCAACAUCAAAAGCCCGAGAUCAUUUUAUGCUGAAACGCGAUCGGCCACCCCAUGUUACAAUUCUUUGUCUUGUGAGAGAUGCAGCUGCCAGAUUGCCUGGUAGUAUUGGUACUAGAGCAGAUGUUUGUACCUUGAUAAGAGAUUCUCAGUACAUUGUGGAAGAUGUCUCUGAUGCACAGGUUAAUCAAGUUGUUAGUGGAGCUCUGGAUCGCUUGCAUUAUGAACGUGAUCCUUGUGUGCAAUUUGAUGGGGAAAGGAAAUUGUGGGUUUAUCUACACCGAGAAAGAGAAGAAGAGGAUUUUGAGGAUGAUGGUACUUCAUCUACAAAGAAAUGGAAGAGACAAAAGAAAGAUGCUUCUGAGCAAUUUGACCAAGGAGCAGUAAGUGUGGCUUAUCAUGGGACUGGGGAAAGAAUUGCAGAUGGUUCUGCUGCUGGGUUUGAUUUGAGCUCUGAUCUCAAUGUUGAGCCGUCAGGCAUGGAGGAGGAUAAUAGAGUGGAGCUUCUGUAUAAUGACAUGGGGCAAAAUGUGGAAGACAAUGUUGAGGCCACCCAUGGGGCAGAUCAAGGUACCCUGCAUCGAGGUAAUCCGAUGGUGUGGGAUGCCCUUGGCUUGAAUCCUUUGCGAGAGAACAAAUUGCUAUGUCAAGAAAAUUCAACAAAUGAAGAUUUUGAUGAUGAUACAUUUGGGAGAGAUAGGCCUGUUGGACUACUUAGUGCAAGCUUAUUGUGAAGAGUUUCCAGGCUUAAAACUCCAUUUAUGUCAAGGGCUGUUCAUCCUUCUUUGAGGCAUGUGUUAUGCAUAGAAGGUGCGGCAUUUUCCAUGUAUAUUGAUUUUAGUGAGAAAUUGUAGAAUAGCAGCAAACCUUUUUUGAGGCCCAAGAAUAUAUGUUUAGCACAGGUGGACAGGUGGAUAUAGUUACACCCUGCUUAAAUAAUGUUUUUGACCUAAAAUCCUAUAUUUAUUAGAAUAUAGUUCCUUGUGCUUUUUAAA